UUUGUAAACCCCGGAGUGAGGUUCUGCCUACCCGAGGCCGCUGCCGUGCGGAGACCCUGGGUGAAGCACCGUCACCAUGUCUGACCAGGAGGCAAAACCUUCAACUGAGGACUUGGGGGAUAAGAAGGAAGGAGAAUACAUUAAACUCAAAGUCAUUGGACAGGAUAGCAGUGAGAUUCACUUCAAAGUGAAAAUGACAACACAUCUCAAGAAACUCAAAGAAUCAUACUGUCAAAGACAGGGAGUUCCAAUGAAUUCACUCAGGUUUCUCUUUGAAGGUCAGAGAAUUGCUGAUAAUCACACUCCAAAAGAACUGGGAAUGGAGGAAGAAGAUGUGAUUGAAGUUUAUCAGGAACAAACAGGGGGUCACUCAACGAUUUAGAUAUUCUUUUUAUUUUUUUUUUCUUUUACCCUCAAUCCUUUUUUACUUUUAAAAAUAGUUCUUUUGUAAUGUGGUGUUCGAAACGGAAUUGAAAACUGGCACCCCAUCUCUUUAAAACAUCUGGUAAUUUGAAUUCUAGUGCCCAUUAUUCAUUAUCACUUGUUUUCAUUGUGCUGAUUUUUGGUGAUCAAACCUCAGCCCUGUUCAUAUUAUCCUCUCCUUUUUAAAAAUUACAUGUGUGCACAGAGAGGCCACCUUUUCCAGGACUGUGCAUUUUCAGGCUUGUGAUAAAUAAGAUCGACCAAUGCGAGUGUUCAUGAUGACUUUCCAAUUGGCCCUGAAGUUCUAGCAUGUGAUUGCUUCACUCCUGGACUGUGACUUUCAGUGGGAGAUGGAAGUUUUUCAGAGAACUGAACUGUGGAAAAAUGACCUUUCCUUAACUUGAAGCUACUUUUAAAAUUUGAGGGUCUGGACCAAAAGAAGAGAAAUACCGGGCUGGAGUCAAGAUGACAGAGAUGGUGAGAGUAAUGACUAACUCCAAAGAUGGCUUCACUGAAGAGAAGGCAUUUUAAGAUAAAAGAAAAGUCUUGUCAGAAGAUCCCAGAAAAGUUCUAAUUUUCA